UGUCGCCGCCGCCAUGUUGAAGCAGCCGCUGCCGCCGCCCUCCCCUCAGCCCGGCUCCCCCGCCUCGGGCCCGCCGCCGCCCACCACGCCGACGCCGCCUCCCCCGGCCGCCGCCUCGCGGAAGCCCAACCCUCCCCCGGCCAGCCCCAACGGCAGCCUCAGCCCCGGCGCGGCGGGAGGAGCCAGGGCCGCCACCGUGGCGCCCCCCGGCAGCGGGGCGGGAGCCCCCCCUGGAGGGAGCGGCACCAGGGGUCAGAGCACAGGCAAAGGGCCUCCGCCGUCUCCUGUCUUUGAAGGUGUCUACAACAAUUCCCGAAUGCUGCACUUCCUGACAGCUGUCGUGGGCUCCACGUGUGAUGUAAAGGUGAAAAAUGGAAGCACCUAUGAGGGGAUUUUUAAAACAUUGAGCUCCAAGUUUGAGCUGGCUGUGGACGCCGUGCACAAAAAGGUGCCCGAUCAGCCAGUGGGGCCCAAGCGGGAGGAUAUUGUGGACACGAUGGUCUUCAAGCCUGCCGACGUUAUGCUUGUGCACUUCCGCAACGUCGAUUUUAACUACGCCACCAAAGAUAAGUUCACAGAUUCUGCUAUUGCCAUGAAUUCAAAGGUGAACGGAGAGCACAAGGAGAAGGUUCUGCAGCGUUGGGAAGGGGGAGACAGCAACAGUGAUGACUAUGACUUGGAAUCUGACAUGUCUAAUGGCUGGGACCCAAAUGAGAUGUUCAAGUUCAACGAGGAAAAUUACGGUGUGAAGACCACCUAUGACAGUAGCCUCUCCUCGUACACGGUACCGCUUGAGAAAGAUAAUUCAGAGGAAUUCCGGCAGCGAGAGGCCAGGGCUGCCCAGCUGGCUCGGGAGAUCGAGUCAAGCCCACAGUACCGACAGCGCAUUGCCAUGGAGAAUGAUGAUGGACGCACAGAAGAAGAAAAGCACAGCUCUGUGCAAAGACAAGUAUCGGGGAGGGACAGCCCUAGUCUGGCAUCCAGAGAUGGCAAAUACAUACCACUUCCCCAACGUGUCAGAGAAGGCACACGAGGAGGCAUGCGCUGCAGCAGCUCUCGUGGUGGGAGGCCCAGCAUGGGCUCUUUACCGCCCCGUGGAAGUGGCCAUCAUCCAGACAGCAACCCUGGCUCCAUCCCGGAGCAGCGAGGAAUCAACGGAGGCCCGUCCAGAAUGUCUCCAAAGUCUCAGCGACCCCUCCGGGGGGCCAAGACAAUGUCUUCCCCUUCCAGCCGGCCCAUGGAAGUCUCAGCUGCAUCUACAACAGUGGGCCGCCUGUAUCCUCCUCGUUCUCCCAAGUCUGUCUCGGCUGUGCCAGUCUCCUCCCAGGAUCCCCCCGUGGGAUCAGCUGUCCCUGCUGCUCCUGCAUCACCCUCUGAAUCGAGAACUGCCUUGGAGCCUAGUGCUUCCCCAACCCCGCCUUCGCCCAAGGUCCUGACAUCUGCCCCUAUAGCUGCUGUUGAGGUUAAAGAGGUGCCUAGCUCUGCCACCAAAGAACCCAGCAGGACCUUGGAAGUUAUGGGGCCCUCAGACCUGGUUAAACAGGCCAACAAAGGACUCCAAAAUGAGCAGAAAAGGAAUCAGCUGGAAGAGCUGCGCAAGUUUGGAGCCCAGUUCAAGCUUCAGCCUAGCUCCUCCUCAGAAGCCUCGCUGGACCCUUUCCGGCCCAAGGAGACUCUUGAAGGGAAAGGGAAGGACAAGCCUCCGGAAGCAUUGGUGGGGGCAGGGGGCACGUGCGAAGUGGCUGACGAAUCCCCCAAGCCCACCCUGGAGCUGUCUGAAAGCAGCAGUAAGGAGGAGAAGGGACCCUGCGAAGGCAUGGAACGCCAGACCCAGACGGCUAGCCCCCCAGGCAAAGGCGACACAGAUGACAAAGAGGAUGGCCCUGUCUCAGAGCAGGUGAAGAAGUCAACACUGAACCCGAAUGCAAAAGAAUUUAACCCCUCAAAGACGCUUCUGUCUGUGAACAAGUCAACGAGUACGCCUACUUCGCCAGGACCACGCACCCACUCUACACCCUCCAUCCCAGUGAUCACACCAGGGCAAAGUGGCAUGUACAGUCCACAGUACAUCUCCUACAUCCCACAGAUCCACAUGAGCCCAGCUGUGCAGGCUCCUCAGAUGUACCCGUAUCCUGUUUCCAACUCUGUGCCUGGACAGCAAGGGAAGUACCGAGCCAAAGGCUCCCUACCCCCGCAGCGCUCUGACCAGCACCAGCCUACUUCAGCGCCUCCCAUGAUGCAGGCUGCAGCAGCUGCAGGCCCCCCGCUGGUGGCUGCCACGCCGUAUUCCCCAUACAUCUCUUACAAUCCCCAGCAGUUCACAGGGCAGCCCACCAUGAUGCAGCCCAUGGCACACUACCCCUCGCAGCCUGUCUUUGCCCCCAUGCUGCAGAGCAACCCGCGUAUGAUGACAUCCGGCAGCCACCCCCAGGCCAUUGUCUCGUCAUCCACCCCCCAGUACCCCCAGGCAGAGCAACCUACGCCCCAGACGCUCUAUGCCGCAGUGCAUCAGUCGUAUCCCCACCAUGCCACACAGCUGCAUCCGCAUCAGCCUCAACCAGCUACCACACCCACGGGCAACCAACAGCAAGCGCAACAUGCUGCCCCCAGCCCUGUGCAGCACCAGGCUGGACAGCCACCUCACUUGGCCAGCGCCCAGCAGCAGCAGAACCUUUACCACACGGCCACACUGACCGCUACGCCCCCUUCCAUAACACCAGGGCCAAGCGCUCAGUCUCCACAAAGCAGCUUUCCCCAGCAGGCUGUUUACGCCAUCCAUGCUCACCAGCAGCUACAGCAUGGCUACACCAACAUGGCCCAUGUAACCCAGGCCCACGUCCAGACUGGAAUUGCAGCCGCCCCGCCCCCUCAUCCUGGAGCUCCCCAGGUCAUGCUGCUGCACCCCUCACAGACCCAUGGUGGGCCUCCCCAGGGAGGUGUGCCCCAGAGCGGUGUGCCCACUCUCUCCGCCUCCACACCCUCCCCAUACACUUAUAUAGGGCACCACCAAGUUCAGUCUCAUCCUUCCCAGCAGCUUCCAUUCCACCCCCCUGGGAACUGAUGCCCACGCUUCUCUCUGUGACCUGAGACCCCCAGCCAGCCUUGGCUCAGUUGCUGGCCCCCCCGCCUGG